AUGCCGGUGUACAACUUCAAGAGCAUGGGCGUGGUGCCCACUGCGAAAGACCUAGUGGAUAUCGUGCUUUCAAAGACACAGCGCCAGACCCCGACUGUCGUGCACAAUGGCUGGGCUAUCCAGAGAAUCCGGCAGUUCUACAUGAGGAAGGUGGACGAUAUACACCCCUUCUACUCCGACCUCCUCAACGUCCUCUACGACAAGGAUCACUACAAAUUGGCCCUCGGCCAGCUCAAUGCGGCACGGGGAAUGAUCGACAAGGUUUCCCAGGACUACGUGCGCCUCUUGAAGUACGGCGACUCCCUCUAUCGGUGCAAGGCGCUGAAGCGUGCUGCGCUGGGUCGCAUGUGCACCAUCAUGAAGCGGCAGGGUCCCUCUUUGGCAUACCUGGAGCAGGUCCGCCAACACAUGGGCCGCUUGCCCUCCAUCGACCCCAACACACGCUCCCUCCUGGUCUGCGGCUACCCCAACGUGGGCAAGUCCUCCUUCAUGAACAAGGUCACACGUGCCGACGUGGAGGUGCAGCCGUACGCCUUCACCACCAAGAGCCUGUUCGUCGGGCACACCGACUACAAGUACCUGCGCUGGCAGGUGAUCGACACGCCCGGCAUCCUGGACCGCCCGCUGGAGGAGCGGAACACCAUCGAGAUGCAGUCCAUCACCGCACUGGCGCACCUGCGUGCCGCGGUGCUCUACGUCAUGGACAUCUCUGAGCAGUGCGGUUACACUAUCAAGCAGCAGGCCGCGCUGUUCCAGUCCAUCAAGCCCCUGUUUGCCAACAAGCCGGUCCUGAUUGUGGCCAACAAGACGGACGUGGUGGCCCUGGCCGACCUGAGCGCCGAGGACCGUGCGCUGCUGGACGGUGUGGCCGCUGAGGCCGCCAAAGUGUCGGCGGGGGGGUUCGAGGGUGACAAGCCCGGGUCCAACCUCAUCGCCAUGAGCACGCUGACCGAGGAGGGCGUGAGCGUGGUCAAGCAGAUUGCCUGCGACCGCCUGCUGGCCAGCCGCGUGGAGAUCAAGCUGAAGAGCAAGCGCAUCAAUGAGGUGGGCAACCGUAUCCACGUGGCCAUGCCCAGGAUCCGGGACGGCACAGCACGGCCCCCCAUCAUCCCAGCCAGCGAGGCCCAGGGCGGCGCAGGCGUGUACAACGCCGACCUGCGCAAGCAGUACGACCUCAAGGACGAGGCCUGGCGGUACGACAUCAUGCCUGAGAUCGCCGACGGGCACAACGUGCUGGACUUCGUGGACCCUGACAUCGACGCGCGGCUGGAGGCGCUGGAGCGCGAGGAGGCGGCCGCGGCGGCCGAGUUUGAGGCCCUGGACACAGGGCUGGCCGACGACCACCUGAGCCAGGCGGAGUGGGAGGACCUGCACCGCAUCCGGGACCGCAAGAAGCGCAUCGUGGCCGACAACCGGCGCAAGCGCGCGGCGGCGGACAACACGCCGCGCAUCCCACGCACGCUCGACGCGCCGCGCAGCCGCACCGCUGAGCGCAUGAAGGCGGAGCUGGGCGCGCUGGGGCUGGACGCCGCCGCCGCCGCCGCCGCCGCGCCGCGGAGCAGGUCGCGUGGGAGAUCGCUGGUGCGCAAGCGCGAGCGCGCGGAGGGAGAGGGCAUGGAGGUCGACGGUGCGGAGGGCGGCGAGGUCAAGCGCCUGCACAGCAGCAAGUCCAGGUCGAUGUCGCGGGGGAGGUCAAUGUCCCUGGCAGCCCCAGGGGCCAAGUCUGGGCUCAAGGAUUCUGCGCAGCAGAAUAGGGGCAUCAAGAUGGCAGACAAGGCCCAGAUCCGCAUGGGAAGGAUGGCCCGCAAGGGCGAGGGAGACAGGCACAUCCCCGACCUCAAACCCAAGCAUCUAUUUUCUGGGAAGAGGCCACGGGGCUCCACCGACAGGCGGUAG